AUGAUCUCUUCCUUCCUUUCCAUGCUCCGCUUCGUCGGCGGACGCGGCCAACAGGACUUUAUCGAACGACUGCACAGCGUCUUCACGACCAAUAUUUUGAUUGCUUUCGCCGUUCUGGUGUCGUUUAAAGUGAGUUUUACAUUUUUAUUGAUUAAGUUGGUUCUGGCCUUCCAUUUCACAUCAAAUAACUAGAAAAACAUCUUAUAAAGUAACGAAAAGUCAAAAAAACGUGGACGAAAUGUCAAAAUAUGGAAAAAGAUCGAGGAAAAUAAGGUUUUUGUCAAGUUUUUGGUCGAUUUUUCAGUUUUUUUUUUUAAAUUUUAUUGAUCAGAAUUGCUUUUCAAAUUAUUUUUCGAGGUUUUCAGAGUUAGUUUGUUACAUUUUAUUUGUUUUUCUUUCAAGUUUCACCUAUUUUUCUAGGUUUAUAUGGACUUUUCGACGAAUUUCUUGUGUUUUAGGCCGUUUAUUCUAUAUUCAACAUAAUUUAUUUGAUCUCGAUUGCUUUUAAAAUUAUUUCUCAAGUUUUCUGAAGUCAUUUUGUUAUUUUUUAUUACCUUUUCUUUAAUUUUUUACUUACUUUUCUAGGUUUAAACUUGUUUCUCGACGAACCUUUCGUAAUUCAGGCCGAUUUUCCAUGUUCAACAUAAUUUAUUUGAUUUCAAUCGUUUUUUAGUUUAAUAUUUAAGUAAUAACUAGCUUUUUUUUCAUUUUUUCUUUUAUUUUUUGGAUGUUUAAACUUUGAAAACACCUUUGGAACAAAUUGAGGACCAAAAUUUUAGGUAAAACAUCGAGAUUUCAACUCAAAAUCUUUGUAAAACUGAUAAAAUACUUACAAAAACCGCAGAAUAAUGAAAGAAUAGGUAACAAUAAAGCUUUCUAUUCUAGAAGGAUUGAUUUACUAAGCAAUUGAGUUCAUAUAGACUGUGAUAAACAUAGCAAUAUGGACAAAAACGUGGCCAAAAACUGAGUUAUUGUGUUUUUUUGGAGUUUCGCAACGCUUUUAUCGAUUUUUUUUACUUUUUGUUGUUGUAAAAGGUUUUUUUUGAUGAUAUUAUGCUACGUACACUAUAGUAUGGGUUAGCACUUUACUAUAUCUACCUAUUUAUACCAUAUUUUUCAGCAAUUCGGAGGCAGUCCAAUCGAAUGUCUGAUCCCGGACAUCUUCACUGGAUCAUGGGAAGAGGUAAGGUUGCCAUUGUUUAUAUGAGGGUGUCUUAUGAACAAAGAGUUAUUUACCUGUUUUGUAUGAAACAAUUUUGAAAUUUGAUUUGUUACAGUACACCGAGAUGUUCUGCUUCGCCCAAGACACAUACCAUGUGCCAUUUGACGAGGUUGUGGAUGCCAUGCCUCGAAUGGACCGAGAAGAGAGGCAGAUUAGCUACUAUCAAUGGGUGCCAUUCUUUUUGAUCAUGCAGGCAGCGUGCUUCAGAAUACCGUCGAUCAUCUGGUCUUAUGUUUCGGAUUACUCUGGUAAGUAAUGUCAUGUUGGUAUAGUAGGGUAGAGGUAGGGUAUGGUAGGGUAGGGCAGGGUAGGGUAAGGUAGGGUAGUGCAAGCUAAAGUACGGUACGGUAGCCCUCCAUAAUGACUACGUAUAGCUAUUUAACUCCAGUAAACCUCUAAUGACAUCAAUUCCAGGCCUAAAAGUGAAUGAAAUCAUGAACAUGGCCUUGGACGACAACAAUGUUAAGCCAGAUAUCAAGGCCAACAACAUCAAAGCCUUGUCCACACAUCUUCAAGGAGCUCUACAUUUCCAUCGUCGGCUUAUCAAACGUCAUAUACAACCGCAUCGAGUGUUUUGCUUGUUCAAUCUACCCUACUCGACUUGCUAUGUUACCAUGAUGUUCUUGUUGACCAGGUUCUUGAACUUGAUGAAUGUGUUUGUUCAACUAUAUGCUAUGAACAUGUACGUUAAUAUCUUUUGACAUUUUUGAGUUAGGGGGAAUUGUGGUCAAAAAGUUUCCAGAAAUUAAGUUAGAUUGUUGGGAAUGGUUGUGUAUGGUACUGUAGGACCAGGUAGGUAAAGUAGGGUCAGGUAAAGUACUAUAGUUUAUGGUGGGUGGGUUAGAGCGGGACAAAGUAGGGUAAGGUAACGUAAAGUAGGGUAGGAUAGGGUAUGGUAGAGUGGGGUAGGGUAGGGUAGGGUAGGAUAGGGUAAGGUAACGUAAAGUAGGGUAGGGUAGGAUAGGGUAGAGCAGGGUAAAUAAGGAAUAAUCAGUCUAAUUAUGAUAUUGUUUUAGGUUCCUAGAGACCAAUCGAUAUCAAUUCUACGGGAUUGACGCGUUGUUGGACGUCUUGAAUGGAAGAAAUUGGGACAAAAGCGGCCUGUUUCCCCGUACAACACUUUGCGACUUCAAGGUGCGUUUGUUUUGAAUCUGCUUAGGCUAAGUCUAGUAAACUUUGAUUUAGGGUAAGUAGGCUUAAACUUAGUUGCUUUCGGAAACAAAGCUUUAGCUUAGUAGGCUUACGUUUAGUAGGCCUAGACUUAGUAGGCUUGUUAGACUUGAAAUUAUUUGAGGCUUAUUAGAAUUUUUAUAGUUAUAUGUAAUGAUAGCUUGGUGUAAAAGGGAGUGAAAUCCCAGCACUCGCAGUCAUUUGUUGGGUCGUUUUACAUCGAGGCAAAUAUGAUAUAAAACCAUAAUAUUACAUAAGAAAAGGUUGCGUAACACGGUUCCUGACAAUUUCUCUAAGGCUAUCUAUAAUAUUUUCAUAUGUUAAUAUUAGGUAAUGACUUAAAAUAAUUCUGUUUUUUCUUUGUUUUCUCUAAGCUUUCAUUAUAUAAGUUGGUCUAUUAUAUAUAGCAAUAAGCUUAGCUUUAGUAGCGCAAAUUCUAUAAGCAUGGGCUUAGUAGAGUUUGCAGGCUUAGGCUUAGUAGACUCAGGCUUGGUAGGGUUAGGUUUGAGCAUCGUAGGCGAAGGCUUGGUAGUUUUAGGCUUUGCAGGCUUAUUAGGUUUAGGCUUAGUAGACGAAGGCUUAGGAUUAGUAGCCUUAGGUUUAGUACGCUUACGCAUAUUAGGCUUAGACUUAGCAGUUGUUUUCUUUAUUAUACUUGGAUUUACAAGGCCUGAUAUAAACUUUGGUAGGCUUUGUAUUAAAAAUUCAGUGAAUGUAUCAACACAGAAAAAUUGGUUUUUCUCUCAACAUAUACUGCAAUAAAUCGACCGAAACUUUAAAACAUUUUUUAAAAAGGCCCAUACCAAAACUAGUCAUACAAGUAAUUAUACUUUUUUUCAACAUACCCUUACAGGUCCGAGUGAUGGGUAAUAUUCAAGAACAUACAGUGCAAUGCACCCUACUGAUCAAUCUUUUGAACGAAAAAAUCUUUGUUUUCCUUUGGUUCUGGUACUUCUUCCUCUUCCUUCUCACCCUCGCCUCAUUCAUGUUCUGGCUGUGGACCUUCCUCAUGCCAUGUGUCAAUCGACAGUUCAUAUUCAAGCAUCUCGAGAUGAGCGAACUCCCAGGUGACACCUACGAACACUCUCGACUGGUCAGUCGAUUUGUCCGGGAUUACUUGAGAAUGGACGGUGUGUUCGUCAUCAGAACGUUGGUCUUCCAAGCUGGCGUGAUCUUUGGCACGGAACUGCUGGUCGAUGUUUACAAGAGCUAUUUGGGUAUCGAGGAGAAAAUGAGGACCAACUUUGAUCUACCCCCACCUAGCUUCAUGUCCAUGGGUAGGUUAUUAGGAAAAUGGCAAGAACUUUCUUUACAAAACAAAAAAUGUGAUUUCUCGUAUUACUUGUCACUUGCAGGCUGCCGAACUCUAAAUUAUGUGUUUUUGCGUUAAAAUGGCAAGAACUUUCUUUACAAAACAAAAAAUGGCAAGAACUUUCUUUACAAAACAAAAAAUGGCAAGAACUUUAUUUAAAAAACAAAAAAUGGCAAGAACUUUAUUUACAAAACAAAAAAUGGCAAGAACUUUAUUUACAAAACAAAAAAUGGCAAGAACUUUAUUUACAAAACAAAACAUUAAAAAACUUUCUUUACAAAACCAAAAAUGGCAAAAACUUUCUUUACAAACCUUGAAAAUAAAAACGUUAUAUUCCAGCCAUGGAAGACCAGUCUGAGUACGAAAACCGCGCCAACUACGUCCGCCAGCGCCGCAAGCCUCGCCCGAACGACGACUACUACGCCGACACCCCCCUAGCACUAGAUUUUAACCGCUCCAAAAUCGACCCAGGCCUUCAUUACGCCGACUCCCGCGUUUAUCCACCCCCAAUACCCAACAGCCGUACCUCAGGACCACCGUCAGUCCAACCAUCCACUCAGCCCGCUGAUGGUACACAAAGCCCACCCGCUAGCGUUUUGAAGGCUUUUGCUGAAAAUCAAAAGUUAUUGGACGAUUUCCAACAAUAUCUAGCCAAUAAUCGGCCAAGACAGGAUGACGAAAAGACUUUGACGAGAAGUGUGGAUAAUCAACAAAUUGUCUAAACUUUAAAUUUUUGAAAUUUUGAAAUUUUUUUGAAUUUUGAAGUUUUUUAAUUGUGAAAUUUCUACUUUUUUUACAUUCCAACGCCUUGUUACUUACUCAAAACUAACUACAGUGCCUUUUAAAUUAAUCUUUUCUUGCCAUAAUACUUUGGUCAUCUAUCAUAUCAUACAAUUAGAAUAGAAUCGUAUUAUAUCGCCAUACGUACAAUAAUAAACUUGUUGGUUUUUGUGAUAAACGUGAAGAUAAAAAUUUAUGUAGUACAAGGCAGGGAUGACAGUAAAAAAGCAAUGGAUAAAGUAGGGUAGGGUAAAAAAAGAUAGGGGUACAACUUUUGUUUUGGUGGAGGAAGGGUUAACGUUACCUCUUGUUAAAGGCAGAGUAAGUUAGAGUAGAGAAGACAAGUCUAUUGUAGAGUAGACGAGUGUAAAUAAAGGUAGAGUGGAGUAAAGCAGGAUAAGAUAGGGUACGAUACAGUAUGCUAAGGUAAACUCGGGCAGGGCAAGGUAUGGUACAAUAUGUGACUGUAUCGUAGAGGAAGGUAGGGUAGAAUACGUUACAGUACGGUAAGGCUUCAGAAUGGUCUGAUAUAGUAUUUUCACUACAGUAAACCUAGAAUACUAUCAUUUCCAGGCCUAAAAUUGAACGAAAUCAUGAACAUGGCUUUGGACGACAACAAUGUGAAGCCAGACAUCAAGGCCUAG